AAAUAACUUACUUGGUACCUUAGGAGAGAUGAAAAACGACACAACAGAUAAAAUGAAAGAAGAGAAGGUGGCAACAUAGGUAAGAAUCUUUCCUUAGAAAGCAAUGAGAUGUGACAAAAAUCAUAGGUUUAAACGUUUGGGUUCCUUGUCAUCUUCAACGGAACCACCUAGGUUUUUUUUUGUUCGUUUUCGCUCAUCAAAUGUGGCAGCCUAGACAUUUGAUUUAUAACACCACGUGUUCCUCCGAGCUUGUGGAAAAUUGAGGAAGCCACACUCCCCAAAUCCGAUUUCUGCAGUAAAACUUUUCCAUCUCUUUCCCAUGGAUACUUCUCGUCAUACACUCGAAACCCCAGUUGAGCACAAGCUUCCUGUAACUGAUGAUGAGAAAUACGCGAACACAAGGACCGAGCAAGUGCAGAGAGCUCAGUGGCUCAGAGCUGCUCUCCUGGGAGCAAGCGACGGGUUACUGUCAACCACGUCCUUGAUGCUUGGUGUCGGGGCAGCGAAGGAAGAUCGUGGGACGAUGGUCUUAUCCGGCAUAGCGGGAGCUGUUGCUGGAGCUUGCAGCAUGGCUGUGGGGGAGUUUGUUUCGGUAUCAACACAAAGAGAUAUUGAAAGGACUUCUCUUUUAAGACAGUGCAGUUACAAAACUGAGAUGGGUAAGAAAGAGACGAAGGAAAAAUCUAACCUAACCAUUUCAGUUGAACUGACUCCUUCAACAGGACUCCCAUGUGGAAAUUCAGCAUCCAAGCCGCCGGAGCAGCCGGAGAAAACGAGGAAGAUUACUGCCAUUGAGAUCACACAAAUUAGUGAAGGGAAGGAGUCAUUGCCAAGUCCACACAAGGCAGCAGCUGCAUCAGCCUUGGCAUUUCUGUGUGGCUCACUUGUGCCUUUACUCUCAGCCAUGUUUAUUCCUCAAAAUACUAUAAGAAUGGCGGUGGUUGUGGUAGUGGCUUCAGUAGCUCUGGCUCUCUUUGGCAGCGUGGGAGCUCGUAUGGGCGGUUCCCCGGUGAUGCCAUCUGCUAUUAGGGUUUUAGUUGGAGGGUGGAUAGCAAUGGCAAUCACUUAUGCCUUGCUCAUGCCUUUUGAAAAGGAAAGUCCCAAUGAAAAGGACUGAGAGUUUCUGUAUCCAGAAUUUACCACAUAAUAUAUAUUUAUGCAUAUAUUAUUGUGCUAGUUGAGAAGAACUUUCGGCAUUUCAGCUGUAGUU